CCCACUAACGCUGCACCCAAAAUGGCCGUCUUUUUGGAAGCCGGACAAAAUUUUAGUGCUUGGUUUUGGAAUCCAGGAUUUUGGCUACCACCGAAUGUAACAUGGGAGGAUAUACGCAGCACAGACGAAGUCCGUUAUGUAGAAUUCAGUGAUCUGUUAGCUUCUGUUCCACUAGCAGUGGGAGUAUUGAUGUUUCGCUAUCUUUUUGAAAGAAUUGUUGCUGCACCCAUCGGUCAAUAUUUCAAUCUUAAGGACACGAGACCUCGGCCGGCCGCACCUAACCCUGUCCUGGAGGAGGCAUACCGACACGCAUGCAAGCCCAGCCACCGAGUGGUGACCGGCCUGGCCAAGCAGCUGGACGUGACGGAGCGACACAUCGAGCGGUGGUUCCGACAGCGACGGAACCAGGACAGGCCGAGCGUACUGCGCAAGUUCACAGAGAGCUGUUGGAGGUUUCUUUACUAUUUGAGUGCCUUUGUAUAUGGAGUAUGCAUUCUCUGGAAUAAACCAUGGUUUUGGGACACAACACAUUGUUGGAUCAACUUUCCAUUCCAGCCUCUUCUUCCAGAAGUUUACUGGUUCUACAUGAUAGAGAUGUCAUUCUACUUAUCACUCACAUUCUCCCAGUUUCUGGAUGUUAAACGGAAGGAUUUCUGGCAAAUGUUUGUACAUCACAUGUGUACACUGAUGCUGUUGACAUUCUCCUGGGGCGGAAACAUGAUUCGUGUUGGCACACUUGUCUUGGUCAUACAUGACGCAGUAGAUUUCUGGAUGGAGGCAGCAAAGAUGGCGAAGUACUGCCGCCUGCAUCGGCUGUGCGAUCUCUUGUUCAUCAUAUUUACGGUGAUGUGGUUCUUGACACGGUUAGUCAUCUUUCCCUACAGGAUAUUGUACUUUGGCCUGACUGUCGGCCAUGUCAUGCUCAAUAUGAGUGUUAUGUCUGCAUAUAUCAUCUACAAUGGCUUACUGGUUAUACUGCAAAUCUUGCAUGUCAUAUGGUUCUACAUGAUAUUACGCAUUGCGUAUUAUGCCGUGGUGACUGGACAGGUUCAGAAGGAUGGAAGGAGUGAUUCGGAGUCGGAUGGUGAUGUUCACGACAGCUCAGGGGAACAAGAGGCCACCGCAAAGCUUACGGCGAAAAAGUUUAACAAUCACGAGGCAAAACACAAAGGCUGAGCUAGUCCCGCGCGGUUCAGGGAAGCAUCCCCGUUCAGCCUGUGAGACGGUCUCCCACACACCUGGAUGGGUGAGGCCGCUCAUGACUGGCUGUCCAUGGUCAAUUCACAGCUAACCAGAAUUAUUCCUGGCAAGUUUGCUUAUGUGAUUUCAUUACAGCGAGCGGGCCAGUUCUGGACAGCAUACUGGCGUUGCAUAUGUUCAGUUUGGCUAGAUUAAUUGUAGCCAGUUUGAUUCACGCAUGAGCAAUGGCUUAUGAGCAUUUGUAAAUUUUGUUUUGUGUGCAAGAAUGAAAAUCGGUGAACUGCAUUCAAUCUGCUCUAUUUUCGUAUGCAGGCCUAAAUCGAUAGGGAAGCAACACAUUGGAAGUGUGUUGGGAAUGCUGUAUAAACUUCCACCACACAUAUGAUAUGUCUGAUUCAUCUGAAUGCUGGUAUUGAACUCCAUUGGCAUUGGCACAAUCAGUGAGGUGGCGUGCGAAAUUGCUCUCUGGUCGGCACAUGUUUUUGGUUGGACAGAUCGUAGCUUUCUUGUAAAUAAAUGCAUUUUUGUGCAGGUGCUUGGGAGCUACAAGUGCCUGUACAGUAGCCGUGAUUUUUCAUUGAUGCUUGUUUGUAAUAUUAAUGCAGGUUCACGCGUGUAGCGGCACGGCAGGUUACAUUGUAUUUGCCACGCUUUGUUAUCCACCAGAAACAGGUAAUUCGAUCGUGUAAUUUAUUAGAACUUUAUUGGAGCGCGUAGAGUAACAACAAUUGAGCAAACACCUAAACAAUAUCGUUUACCGCGAAUAUCGGGGAAGCGCACAACACACUUCCUUGUUAGAGUGUAUAUUUGUAUAGUAGAUACAUUGUAUGCUAACUUAAUGCUGCAAAUGUGCGCACAGUAUAUCGCUCGUGGUAAUGUUAUAUUGCGUGUCCCACACGACCUUGUAAAUGCAACAACCGCCGAACACGGCACAGUUGAUCGGACGGACAACAUUAUUUAUCUGUGUAUUUAAUCUCUCGCCGUUAUGAAAUCUGAUACAACUCGGUAUGGGCAUCGGUGAGUGAAGUGAUGAGAGGUAGAUGGUGUGAGCAUGUCGCUCUCGUCUUGCUCACAGCGGUGCGUACGUCAGCAUCACGAUUGCCUACUAGUCAUGAGCAGGGGUAGGAGGGUGGAACAACGCGGUUGUUUAAUGUUAUGGUGUUGUUUCGGAUAAAUUCGUCGAUGAUAAGUGCGGAUAAACGCCGCGAUGCAAACGCGGUCCUGUCGCAUCAACAACUGCUGAGAGGCGUUCGUCUGAAGAGUCGUUCAUCAUUCUGACCUGGCCUAACUAGUAAGAAAUACGUUGACCCCCUAAUCACGAACACUCGUGGGGAGUCUGCCGAGUCGCGUCAAACUACACGUGCAAUUAUAUGGAAGCCUAUCCGUGAUCUUAGUCCUGCACGUGAAACUGCUUCUCUCCAUAACCCAUGGUCAUGAGAGCCAGCCGAUCAAAAACUGUAUAAUGCAUACUACUACUUAGUUGUGUCGUGUGAACAAGCAUGCUCUUAUUCUACAUCAUCGCCUUCAGCUACUCUGUGUACCAGCCAGUCUGUACAAAUGCAUGCGCGAGUGUUUGCGCGGCCUUAAACCAACAGUGUUGCUACAAUAUUAGUAGCAGUGGUGUUGAUGUUUAGGUAGUGCUUUAUUCACAUCUAGCCAUUGGAGCACUUUUAAAUAUACACUUCCCACAUACUCUAUAUGAUUGGUCUAGUUUCUUCGGUUGUGUCCGUUACUGAUGCGCAUUGUAAGGUAAUCGUAAACGCAACAAGCCGAUCUCUUUGUUGCAGACGGAGUGCCCUGUAACCCGUAUAACGUUCCCAGUUUCUUCUUAGCUCAUUGCUUGGCAGGUAAUCUGUCCACAUUUAAGACUCAUUAGCGUACCGCGGCUAUAGACUUCACGUAAAUGCCGUACAGGUUAUCACACAUGUUGGCUAACGAUUUAAUUAAUUGUGUGACAGUUAGUAGGGGCAUAUUUUGCGUUUACCUGUGUGCUGUAGGGUUGCCAGCAUGCCUAUAGAGAUUAUCUCUGUAUUAAAUUGUUUGUGUCUGUACGUGCCAGUGUAAAUCCACUCUUAGCAGAUGUCAACAACUAACUGCUAUAUCAAUAAUAAUGGUCUGUGGAUGUAAUUUUGUCAAUAUGUAUUUUCUGAAAUAUAAAUUGAUGAUAUAAAGCUUCUUAAAA